UACAGCGAAAUUUUCUCAAUAAGUUCUGUAAUGGCAGCCUCCAAGCAAUCCACUCUAUUUUGCACCAUUUCACUCCUACUAGUGCUUUUUGCAUCUCCAUCUUUUCCUAGCUUCGUUACAUUACCCUCCAUGCCUUCUACCUUCUCAGACGUCAUUUGUAACUCAACCCCAUAUCCAUCCUCCUGCAAAUCCAUUCUGCCUCACGAUCGGAAUGGCACCAUGCAAUACUAUACCUGGAUUUCACUCAACCAGUCUUUGUCAAGUGCUCAAAAUCUUCUCUCACUAGUUGAAUACCACAUGACACUCCCCUCAACCUCCUCCCUCACUGCAAUCCAAGCCCUCAAGGAUGGCUAUCUAGACAGGAUGCAAGCUGAUGAUUACCUGACUUGGAUAAGUUCCGAUGAUGAUGAUGGCAAAAUGGAAGGCAGGUGGCUGAGGGAGAGGAUUCUGAUCCGAGACCAGCAAUUGUAUGAAUUCAUAAGCAGAGAAAAGCAGGUUCCGGAUGAUGGGUUUGUUGGGAACGAUGUAAGUGUGAGUGAGGUGGUGGUGGUGAAUCCAGACGGAAGUGGGAAUUUAACUACCAUCAAUGAUGCGGUAGCAGCAGCGCCGAACUCCACAGCCGGGAGCAACCCUGCCGCUGAUAAUUAUACUACCUUCGAUUCUGCAACAUUUGCUGUUGUUGCAUCAGGCUUUGUGGCUGUUGUUGCAUCAGGCUUUGUGGCUGUGAACAUCACAUUCCGGAACACAGCCGGAGCAAAUAGUGGUCAGGCGGUGGCCCUUCGGAGUGGGGCUGACUUGUCCGCCUUCUACAACUGCAGUUUUGAAGGAUACCAAGACACCCUGUAUACUCACUCCCUGGCCCUGCGACAAUUCUACAGAGAAUGUGACAUUUACGGCACAGUCGACUUCAUAUUUGGCAAUGCAGCAGUGGUUUUGCAGGACUGCAACAUCUACCCUCGGCUCCCAUUAUAUGGACAAUUCAACGCCAUCACCGCCCAAGGAAGAACUGAUUUGAACCAGAAUACAGGAACAUCCAUACAGAACUGCACCAUCAGGGCUGCCGAAGAGCUGAGGAAGACAAAGACAUACCUUGGGCGGCCGUGGAAGGAGUACUCCAGAACUGUUUUCAUGCAGUCUUUCAUGGAUAGCCUGAUUGACCCUUCAGGGUGGCAUGAAUGGUCUGGAGAUGAUUAUCUCACCACCCUGUAUUGAUUAUGCUGAAUUUGACAACAGAGGGCCUGGAUCAGAUACCUCUAACAGGGUUACAUGGCCUGGAUACCAUGUUGUAGAUGCAACUGAUGCUGUUAAUUUCACCGUGUCAAUUUUCAUUCAAGGAGAUUCCUGGUUGCCUGCAACAGGAGUGCCUUUCGAUGCUGGUUUGCUUUAAAAAAUUUCACUUUCAUUU